AUGACCUUGAACGCCGUCGCACUUACCAAAGUUGCUUAUUUGUUGUUCCAAAUUGCUGUCGUCCUGAUUUCCGUCGCCACGCUGAACAGUGUGUUUGCUGAGCCGCCCGUCUCGAAUGGAUUCGGUAAUUUUGCUCCCUUAAACUUACACUUACAAGCGCCACAACACGAUUCACAUCAUCAUGAACAUACUUUUGACACACAUGAACACCGCAGCGCAUUCUCGUCAUUCGAUUCGACAGGACCUUCGGCAGCUGCUGUACACGUAACACCAAGACAACACAGUCAGGGAUACACUUACAAAGCUCCAACAGCUGCUCCUUCCGUCACGUACAUUCCCCCAAAACCGACGACGAAAUAUUUACCUCCGACAGUUAAACCGCGUCCUCCUCCAAAGCCUAUUCAGAGAACUUAUGUUCCGCCAACGACGCCAAAAACUGUCUAUUUACCUCCUUCUCAAAGCUAUGGACCUCCAUCAAACAGUUACGGACCUCCUGCUGUAACUGCUGCGAUUUUGCCCAGUCAAAACUAUGGACCUCCAAGAAACGUUCCCUCCGCUCCUUCAAGUCAAUAUGGUCCUCCCGAUGCUGGAUAUAGCUACAAUAACAACGGAGGUCGUCAAAAUGAUGAUUAUGAUAACGGAGAUGCGAAGUACGAAUUCGAGUACAACGUGAAAGACGACGCAACUGGUCAAGAUUUCGGUCAUAAGGAAUCCCGUGAUGGCUCACGAACAAUGGGACGUUACUUUGUUCUUCUUCCCGAUGGUCGUAAGCAAAUUGUUGAAUAUUACGCUGAUGAAACUGGAUAUCAUCCAACCAUCAGGUACGAAGACACCGGAUUAGGAAACGGCGGAUACAACUAUCCAAGCAACGGAAAUGGUAGAAGCAACGGCGGAGGCUACACCUACAACGGUUACUAA